CUCAGACUUCAAGCUCAACAAGCAAUGGCAUCUCAAUUCGGCAACCCCGCCGACCUCCUCCCCGUCCACUGGAAGUCCCAAAUAACCGCCUGGUUCGCCGAAGACACGCCCUCCUUCGACUACGGCGGCUUCGUCGUCGGCGACAGCGAACGAACAGCCACCCUCUACGGGAAAUCAAAAGGCGUCCUCGCAGGCGUACCCUUCUUCGACGAAGUAUUCGCACAGGCUGGCUGUACAGUGAAAUGGCACCUCCCCGAAGGAUCACUCGUCGAUCCCGGCUCAGCAGGUAAAAUCGCUGUAGCUACCGUCACGGGCCCCGUCCGGAAACUGUUGCUGGGGGAGCGCGUGGCGCUGAAUACGUUGAGUCGGUGUUCUGGCGUGGCGACCAAGUCGAGGGCUGUGGAUGAGCUGGUUAGAGAGGCGGGGUAUAAGGGGAUAUUGGCUGGGACGAGGAAGACGACGCCGGGGUUUAGGCUGGUGGAGAAGUAUGGGAUGUUGGUUGGGGGUGUGGAUGGGCAUCGGCAUGAUUUGUCGAGUAUGAUUAUGCUGAAGGAUAACCAUAUCUGGGCGAAAGGCAGUAUUACUGAGGCUGUGAAGGCGGCGAAGUCUGUGGGAGGGUUUGCGCUGAAGAUUGAGGUUGAGGUGGAUAGUGAGAAGGAUGCGGAUGAGGCGAUUGCGGCGGGUGCGGAUAUCAUUAUGCUGGAUAAUUUUGAUGGAGAGGGAUUGAAGGUUGCGGCGCAGAGUAUAAAGCAGAGGUGGGCUGGCAAAAAGGAGUUUCUACUUGAGUGCAGUGGAGGUUUGACAGCGCAGAAUGUUGGGACUUAUAUCAAUAAUGACAUCGACAUCAUCUCGACGAGUUCAAUACACCAAGGCGUACCUCAUGUAGACUUUUCCCUCAAGAUAGAUCAUGCACCUUGAUUUUAGAAAUAUCACAAUCAAUUCACAUUCACGUA